AUGCACUUUCUCGCAGCUGCAGCUGUUCUUCUUGGUGUUGCAUCCUUUGCCUCUGCCGCACCAACACCUCCCAGACUCGGUCGCCACAAGGGACUACCAGAUGGAAUGCCCAAUCCGAGUCCCAGUGAGCUUGAGCAGAUCCAGUUGCGAGCUCAUGGAGCACUGCCAAACACGCCUCCUCCACCCAGCAUCAGCAAUGAAGGAAUCACCAAUCUGAAGCUGAUUGCAUUCAACGAGCUUUUUGAGGUGGCCUUUUUCAGUGAGCUCAUUGCAAACAUCAGCAAAAACGUGGAAGGUUAUCGCUUCUCAAGCGCGGACGGCCGUGACUUUGUUCUGGAAGCAUUGCAAGCCAUUCUAGCUCAAGAGGAGCUGCAUGCGAUCAGCGCCAACAACGGUCUGGUUCAUUUCAAUGUCAAGCCGAUCGAGCCAUGCCAGUACCGCUUCCCUGUUCAUAACUUUGAUUCAGCUAUUGUGCUUGCUUCCACUUUCACCGAUCUCGUCCUGGGCACUUUGCAGGACGUCGUCGAGCGCUUUGCCAUUGGCAGAGACUUUGAUCUGGCUCGUGAGAUUGCCUCGGUCAUCGGCCAAGAGGGAGAGCAACAGGGCUGGUACCGGGUAAUGCAGGGCAAGAUCCCCAGUGAGCUACCAUUCUUGACGACGAGCGACCUAAAUUUUGCCUUCACGGCCAUCCAAAGCUUCACCGUUCCGGGUAGCUGUCCCAGCCUCGACGAAAUCCCGCUGCGAACCUUCGAGCCGCUAAACAUCACCGCGCCACCAGGCCCGCACACGCAAAACAUUCGAUUCUCAUUUGGAGAUCCCAACCACGAAGCAGACCACCAGCUGUGGCUGACCUACAUCAACCAGCUCAAUCUGCCCAUCGUGGAGCCACUCCGGGUGGUUACUCGCAAGGGUGAUACAGUCAUCGCAGAGGCUCUCUUCCCAUACGAAGAACAUGAGAUGAAUGGCCUGACCAUCGCGGCGGUGACCAGGACCAAAGGACCGUUUGGGAAUGCAUACACUGUGGCCAAGUGGACACUCGCUGGACCUGGCCUUAUCAUUGUCAACUGA